GGAGCCGGAGCCGCAGCGCGAACGGAAGAGGGAGCCGGAGUGAGAGUCUGAUCCAGAGCCACAGGCGAAGAAUCGGGUCGGCGGCGGGGAGCUGUCGGCGGGCGCCCGGUGGCGGCGGGGCCGUGGCGGAGAUGUGCGCGGCGAGAGAAGGGCGUUGGGGCCGGAGGCAGCGAGCGCUGCUGUGCUGCGUGUUGGUGGCGGCGUGGGACGCGGCGUGGGGGCAGCUGCGCUACUCGGUGCCCGAGGAGCUGCCCAAGGGCUCUUUCGUGGGCGACGUGGCCAAGGACCUGGCGCUGCAGCUGGCGGCGCUCCGCGACCGCGGCGCCCGAGUUGUGUCGGCAGAUAGGGCGCGGUAUUUCGCUCUGCAUGCGAACAGCGGCCACCUGGUGACGGCGGAGAGGCUAGACAGAGAGCAGCUGUGCGAGGGCUUGCAGCGCUGCGUGCUGCGCUGUGAGGUGAUCGUGGAGGGUGAGAUGAAAGUUUACGAGAUCGAAGUGGAAAUCACGGACAUUAACGACAACAUACCCACCUUUGGAGAACCAGAAAAGGAACUGAGAAUUAGCGAGACGACAACUCCAGGGUCGCGCUUCCCUCUGGCCGCGGCUCACGACCCGGACGUGGGAGUGAAUUCCCUGCAGAGCUACGAGCUGAGCGGCGACGAGCAUUUCUCGCUGUCCGUGCAGGCGGGAGCCGACGGCGAGAAGCGUCCCGAGCUGGUGCUGGCCAAGGCGCUGGACCGGGAGGAGGCGGCGUUUCACGAGCUGGUGCUGAGGGCGAGCGACGGCGGAAAGCCGUCUCGGACGGGCACGGCGCUCAUCCGCGUGUCUGUGCUGGACGCUAACGACAACGCGCCCGUGUUCACCCAGGCGGUGUAUGCGGUGCGCGUGCCCGAGGACGUGGCCGUUGGCUCCACGCUCCUCACCCUCACGGCCACCGACGCCGACGAGGGACUUAACGGCGAGGUUAAGUAUUCGGCAAUAAAAGUAACGGUAGUGAAAACAGACAGAUUCUAUGUGGAUCCCGAGACGGGAUCGAUCAGGCUGGUGAGGAGCCUGGACUUCGAGGAAGGCGACUCCUACGAAUUCAGGGUGGAGGCACAGGACGGCGGCGGCCUAUCCGACACGGCUACAGUCUCGAUCUCGGUGACCGACGUGAACGACAAUGUGCCCGAGAUUUCGGUGAGGUCGGCGCUGAGCGAGAUCUCGGAGGACGCGCCGUCGGGGACGGUGGUGGCCCUGCUGCACGUGCAGGACCGGGACUCGGGCGCCAACGGCGAGGUGCGGUGCUCGCUGGUCGGCGACGUGCCGUUCCGCCUGCGGAGCUCGGUGGGCAGCUACUACAGCGUGGUGACGGCGCGGGAGCUGGACCGGGAGGAGGUGUCGGAGUACAACGUGACGGUGCGGGCGGCGGACGGCGGGUCGCCGUCGCUGCGGAGCAGCGCGGUGCUGGCGCUGCGCGUGCUGGACGUGAACGACAACGCGCCGGUGUUCGCGGAGGCGCGCUACAGCGCCCGUCUGGCCGAGAACAACGCCGAGGGCGCGCUGGUGCUGACGGUGCGGGCGUGGGACGCGGACUGGGGGCAGAACGCGCGCGUGCGGUACCGGCUGGCGGAGGGGCGUGUGCGGGGCGCGCCGCUCUCGUCCUACGUGUCGGUGCAGGCGGAGACGGGCGCGCUGUACGCGCUGCGCUCCUUCGACUACGAGGAGGUGCGCGAGGUGGGGCUGUGGGUGCGGGCGGAGGACGGCGGCGCGCCGGCGCUGAGCAGCAACGUGUCGGUGCGGCUGCUGAUCGUGGACGAGAACGACAACGCGCCGCAGGUGCUGUACCCGCCGGCGGCGGCGGCUCCGGGCGCGGUCUGGACGGGCGUGGAGCUGGCGCCGCGCUCGGCGGAGCCCGGCGCGCUGGUGGCCAAGGUGGUGGCGGUGGACGCGGACGCGGGGCAGAACGCGUGGCUGUCCUACGAGCUGGCCAAGGCGACGGAGCCGGGGCUCUUCCGCGUGGGGCUGCACAGCGGCGAGGUGCGCACGGCGCGCUCGCCGCUGGCCCGCGACGCGCCCAGGCACAGCCUGGUGGUGGUGGUGAAGGACCAGGGCCGGCCGGCGCUGUCGGCCACGGCCACGCUGACGGUGGUGCUGGCCGAGAGCGUGGCCGAGCUGCUCUCGGAGCUGGGCAGCGCGGCGGCGCCGGCCGAGCCCGCCGGCAGCCUGACGCGCUGGCUGGUGCUGGCCGUGGCGGCCGUGUCCUGCCUCUUCCUCGCCUUCCUGCUGCUGCUGCUGGCGCUGCGCCUGCGGCGCUGGCGCCGCUCGCAGCUGCUGCCGCCGGCCAGCGGCGCCUUGCGCGGCGUCCCGGCCUCGCACUUCGUGGGCAUCGACGGCGUCCGCGCCUUCCUGCACUCCUACUCGCACGAGGUGUCGCUCACCGCCGACUCGCGCAAGAGCCAGCGGCGCUGGGCGGCCGACAGCUGCUGCAACACCCUCCCGGCCCGGCCGCCGCCCGACAAGGCCGCGCCUCUGCUCGGGGAAGACGCUGCCGGCGCCCGCGGCGCACAGCCUGACACCCUCCCGGUGAGUCGCUCCGGACACCGCGACGCCCUCCCUCUCGGCGCUUGCCUUCCUUCGUGCUCUUUGCCUUUCCCUCCCCGCUCUCCUUCCCGGGCGUGGAGGUUUCUUGCUGAGCAAGGCACAGCUUCAUUAGGCAGCGGGUUUUGGGUAACUCUUUUGAAGUUAAUGUGGAAUGUGGGACAUGAGCGGGGGCUUUUGCCUUCUGCUCUGCUCCAGAUGAACUCAUUAUUUUUUUCCCACUUGACAGGUGGUUGCACCUUUCAUUCCCUGACGUCUAUCAUGCGGGAUUUCCUUUUUUUCUUCACUUCUAUUUGUUUUUCUGAAACGUCACCGCUCUCAUUCCUGAGUGGGCAGGUUUCCUUCUCAGGAAGGCACGGCUUCGUUUCGUAUCAGGUUGUUGUCCUUCUUCAUCAAGGGACCCAAGCGUGGGCUCCACUGCCAGCAUUACAAAUGUUGCGGAAGGCAGGAGACAAGAGGGGGCUUUUGCCUGCAACUGUGCUCUAGAUGAUCUUCUAACUUUUUCCCCAUUUAUCAGGUGGUUACUCCUUUCAUCCCCUGGCAUAUGUCAUGCACGUUUUCGCUUUGUUUUUCACUCUUCUGAGUUAAUGUACACUUGAGACUAUCAGGAAGUUAAGAGGUAGCCUCCCAAUAGCUCACGUGCUUGAUGAAUAGCACGAGCUUGUCUUCAAAUAAAAUCUUAAUGGCCCA